UUUAAACCCUCCACAGCCGUGCUGCAUUUCACUCUGAGUGGCCCCUUCUCUGCUCCUCUCUCCUUCUAUCAUUCUUCAUCUCCUUGUUUGACAGAGAAAAACGCUAUUCUCUCCUGAAUCCUUUCUCUCCCUCUGCCUGAGAACUGUAGUGCUCUUGAUUUAUCUCAAAACUCUUUAGUAACCUCUUCAGAAAGUCCAAUCACAGCCAGCAAAAAUGGAAGCCAUCAAGAAGAAAAUGCAGAUGCUGAAGCUGGACAAAGAAAAUGCCAUUGACAGAGCGGAGGAGGCCGAGUCUGACAGGAAAGCAGCGGAGGACAAGUGGAAGCAGUUAGAGGACGAGCUGCUGGGGUUGCAGAAGAAGCUGAAGACAACGGAGGAUGAAGUGGAAAAGUACUCAGAGACAGUCAAAGAUGUCCAGGAGAAACUGGAACUGUCUGAGAAGAAGGCCACAGAGGCAGAAGGCGAGGUAGCUGCUCUGAACCGCAGGAUUCAGCUGAUUGAGGAGGAGCUGGACCGAGCGCAAGGAAGACUGGCAACUGCACUGCAGAAGCUGGAGGAAGCAGAGAAGGCAGCUGAUGAAAGUGAAAGAGGCAUGAAGGUGAUUGAGAACCGUGCUAUGAAAGAUGAGGAGAAGAUGGAGAUUCAGGAGCUGCAGCUGAAGGAGGCCAAACAGAUCGCUGAGGACGCCGAUCGCAAAUACGAUGAGGUAGCCCGUAAGCUGGUGAUUCUGGAAGGAGAGCUAGAGAGAGCAGAGGAGAGAGCAGAGGUUGCCGAGCUUAAAGGUGGUGAUCUGGAGGAAGAGCUUAAGAAUGUAACCAACAACAUGAAAUCCCUUGAGGCCCAGUCAGAGAAGUACACAGACAAAGAAGACAAAUAUGAGGAGGAGAUCAAGGGCCUCACUGACCAAGUGAAAGAGGCAGACACUCGUGCCGAGUUUGCAGAGAGAUCCGUGGCAAAACUGGAAAAGACCAUUGAUGACCUUGAGGAAAGUCUAGCCAACGCAAAGCAGGAGAACCUGAAUCUGCACCAAGUCCUGGACCAAACCCUGCAGGAACUCAACAGCUUGUGAACGUCAGCGUGAGGAGACGUCUCAAAAGCAGUCAACAUUCCACGCUUCCAAUCAAGCAUUCCAGCUGCGUGUGUGUGAGAACGUGUGCGCGUAUGGUUUGGGUGUGUGUAGUUUAAUUGUAUUGUCAGUGUCAUGUCUUCUAUUCUCGUCCCACAGCCUCCCACACAAUUUGUCUCACUAAUGGAGCAUUACAUUGCGAAAUUACUUUUAUUAUGUAUAAUUAUUGCAUUCCAGGUUGUGACUAUAUUGAAUGAUUUGAAAAGCGUUUAAUGAUGUCACCACCCACAUUCUUUUAUUUGUCCAUUCCAAGUUUUUCUUUUUUUCUUUUUUUUUUUUUUUUUAAUUUAUUUCUGCCAGGAGAUGUCUGGAAUGAUAUGAUGAACAUACACUACAUACAUCAUUACUGGGAAUCAUGUCAAACAAGCAAAGGAUAAUGAACACUAAAACAAUAUAAAAUACACAUUUACAUUAAAAUUUCAGGUUUACAGAUAAGGGCAUUUCUUUCUUGCGUUAAAAGGAAGUUACUCGCAAUACUAAAACUUUCACAUCUGACAGUCCUCAACCUUUAUUUUGUAUCCCCAGCACAUACAUAAAAGUGCUUUUUGAAUUGGUUGCUGAUUUGUACUUUUUUAAAAGCAUAAUAAAUUUACAUAUUUGCACAAAA